AUGGCAGACCCAUUUUCUAUCACCGGCAGCGCCGUCGGUGUCGUUUCCCUCGCCAUCCAAGUCUGCAAAGGCCUGGAAUGGUACUUCAGCGGCGUCAAAGAAGCGAAGAACAAGGCUGAACAAAUCGCCGCGGAAAUGGAGGAACUCGCGAACCUACUUGAACGACUUGAAUCCGUUAUCGGAAAAGUGGAUUCAUCCCAGUCGGUGUCAGCAACACGCACCGGCAUCGUCUCGUGUGCGAACGCCAUCGCGACUAUCAGGAAGAAGCUUAAACCAGACGACCAAGCAGGAGACGGCGGGAUCAAGUCCAACUUGAAGAGGUUGACGAAGCGGCUGGCUUUUCCGUUCAAGGAGACGGACAUCAACUACUGGAAAGAUGUUCUCAACACCAUACAGCAAAGUUUACAGACUGCGCUACUCGCCCUUGUCAUUGACCAACAGCGCUUGGCUUCUGAGAAUGCUCGGUUGCAUUACACCCAGCUAUCCAUGGACCAAAGCAUACAUCACUUCUCGAGUCUACAGCUGCAGCGCGAUGUAUUCGAUGCGACAAGUCUUCAGCUCGCUGGACAAUCGCACAUGCUUGAAUCGGGAUUUUCAGCCACGUCGCACAGUCUUCAAAGUCUCCAUACCGGUAUACACAGUUUACAAGCAAAGCUCGACGAGAUAUCGCUCAUGAAGGAGUCUACACUUCAAACCGACGUGAGGAAUCUCAGAUCGCUUCACCGGAAAGACCGAAGGAUGAGACAUCGAUAUGCAAAACUGCCAUGUACAUGCCGACCGCAAACCUCUGCGCUUGGCUAUCGCACGGGACUGUUCGCUCUCACAUGUACACGAACGUCUAUGCACGACGCAGGGUGUCCUCAAGCUCCACUCCAUAACGCGGUGACGGAUCUGCAGCUUCAAGCUACAUUGUGUAGUCUUCUUCUCGGGAAGAAAGUCUUGCUGUCGUUUCAACUAUCUUAUGGCGCUGGAUUAUCGACCAAGCAGAAUCUGGAGUGUCAUCGCGUUGUCGAAUGGUCUCCUGCUUUCGAAUUUGCCAUGACAGUUGUCGAGUCUAGUAUGAACAUGCCAAUGGAUACUUUUCGGGGCGAGGUCGAGAAAUUGUCUAUGAUGUUCCAGCUGAGACAAGCAUCGCCACAUGAUCGACUAACAAAUGGGACGACGCUUCUACAUGAAGUUUGUAACAACAUCGAGUUUUUGAAUCCUUUCGGGAGCUUUGCCGACACCUUUGAGAACCUUGCUUAUCUGUUCAAAAUCCUCCUCCCACUAAUGCCAAGCGAGGCUUUCGAGAUAGACGACAAUGGAGCGUAA